AUGACGACAGCAGCAAAACAAGAUUUUGGAUUGUUACCGCGUGUUGUCAAUGGUGGUAUCGCCGGUAUUGUUGGUGUCAUCUGUGUAUUUCCGUUAGAUUUAAUUAAAACUCGAAUGCAAAAUCAAUCGAAAAUUGUUGGUCAACCAGCAGCUUAUAAAAAUAUUCUUGAUUGUGCAGUAAAGACAUUUCGAGGUGGUGGGUUUAUUGGAAUGUACAGGGGUUCGGCAGUGAAUAUUUUAUUAAUAACACCAGAAAAAGCCAUUAAACUUGUUGCUAAUGAUGGCUUUCGUCAUUUAUUAAAAACCAAAGAUGGAUCUCUUCCUGUUCAUCGUCAAAUUUUAGCCGGCGCUGGUGCUGGUACAUGUCAAAUUGUUAUAACAACACCAAUGGAAUUACUGAAAAUUCAAAGACAAAUGGCCAAAUCCAAAGAUUCAACACAGUCACCUAAUGCUCGACAAUUAGCGUUGCAGUUAUAUCGUGAGAAAGGUGUAUUGGGUUUAUAUCAAGGUGUUGGUGCAACUUUCACUCGGGAUGUUGUAUUUUCCAUGAUGUAUUUUCCUUUAUUUGCUUAUUUCAAUGAUAAGGGAAAAACACCCAAUAACAACCAAGUACCGUUUUAUCAUUCAUUUGCAUCCGGCAUUGUUGCUGGUGCCAUCAGUGCUUUUCUAGCAACACCAUUGGAUGUUGUCAAGACUCGUUUACAAACACUUGAAUAUAAAAGUCGUUAUUCAGGGAUGGUCGAUUGUGCUUCUAAAAUCAUGGUUGAAGAAGGUGCAAGUGCCUUUUUCAAAGGUUCAUUACUUCGGGUCAUGGUUAUUGCGCCUCUAUUUGGUAUAGCCCAAAUGGUCUACUAUUUAGGUUUAGCUGAAGCUAUGAUGGGUCUUAAGCCUUUAGGCAGCGUCAGCUAA